AUGGGUCCGGUGGUGGAGCGGCCGGCCGAGCCGGGCACGAGCGGCGCGGCGGAGCUGGAGCUGCUGAAGCGGCGCGCGGCCGAGCGCAUCGACGAAGCGGCCGAACGCCUGGGCGCGUUGAGCCGCGCCAUCUGGAGCGCGCCCGAGCUGGCCUACGAAGAGCACGGCGCGCACGGCGAGCUCACGCGCUUCUUCGAGCGCGAGCCGCCGGCAGCCUCGUGGGCGGUGCAGCCGCACUUCGGACUCCCCACCGCUUUCCGUGCCGAGUGGGCGCCGCCGGAGGCCGCGGCCGGGCCCCGCGCGCUGCAGCUGGGCUUCCUGUGCGAGUACGACGCGCUGCCAGCCCUGGGCCACGCCUGCGGCCACAACCUCAUCGCCGAGGUCGGGGCGGCUGCGGCGCUCGGCCUGCGGGCUGCGCUGGAGAGCAUCGCUGCGCCGCUGCCGGUCAAGGUGAUUGUCCUGGGAACCCCUGCAGAAGAAGAUGGUGGUGGCAAAAUUGAUCUAAUUGAAGCAGGUGCUUUUGAAAACCUUGAUGUUGUCUUUAUGGCUCAUCCAUCUCAAGAGAAUGCCGCCUAUCUACCGGAUGUGGCCGAGCAUGACGUGACUGUGAAAUACUUCGGAAAAGCAUCCCAUGCUGCCGCAUACCCUUGGGAGGGGGUGAACGCCUUGGACGCUGCAGUUCUUGCCUAUAACAACCUCUCUGCGCUAAGACAACAGAUGAAACCAACCUGGAGAGUUCAUGGUAUAAUAAAGAAUGGUGGUGUAAAGCCCAAUAUCAUCCCCUCUUACUCUGAAUUAGUCUAUUACUUCCGUGCACCCUCCAUGAAAGAGCUUCAAGUUCUGACCAAAAAGGCAGAAGAUUCCUUCAGAGCUGCGGCUUUGGCUACAGGAUGCACAGUAGAAAUUAAAAGUGAAGCACACGAUUAUUACAAUGUCAUUCCCAAUAAGACACUGUGCAGUGCAUAUAUGGAGAACGGGAAAAAGCUGGGAAUAGAAUUCAUUUCAGAAGACGCAGUGUUGAAUGGCCCUUCAGGCUCUACUGAUUUUGGAAAUGUCAGUUUUGUGGUUCCUGGGAUUCAUCCAUAUUUUUACAUUGGGACUGAUGCCUUGAAUCACACCGAGCAGUACACAGAAGCUGCAGGAUCACAAGCAGCUCAGGUGUACACGCUGCGUACAGCCAAAGCUCUGGCAAUGACCGCACUGGACGUCAUCUUUAAGCCGGAGUUGCUGGAAGGAAUCAGAAAGGAGUUUAAAUCGAAACUUCAAGAAGAACAGCUUUUAAAUACACCAGCAUAAAAGGAAAACCUAGGGACUGCUCAGGAAACGUUAAGUUUUGUUUGUUUGUUUGUUUGUUUGUUUUACUUGUAAUGUUUUUUCAGUGAAAGAGAGCAUGCUUGUUUUUUCAGCGUUUGAAAGUGAGAACAGGAUCUAGCGAAGACACUAACUCAUGUCUAGAUUUAAUGGAGUUUGUGAUGCUUCUGGCAUUGGUGUGUAUUACCAUCUAUUAAGCCAGAUGAUACCUGAUUGUGUAACAUUCGGUAAUGUUUUGUAAAUGUAUCUGUUGUAUAGUGUUACAAGUCCCACAGGUUUCAGAACUUAACACUCAUGAGCUCUGUGGUUCAGAGUAGCAAAUGUCUUCUCAGCAGUUUAAAAUUGGGACAGGGAUUUAUUUUAAAUCUGACUGUAUCUGUCUGGGUCUAAAGAAAAAUAUUUAAUAAACAUAUGCUUGUGGGACACUCCUAGCAUCUCCAGUACAAAGGAUUAGCUUUAC